GUAACCCCACACGGCUCGUUGUCCGUACUCUCCAGACUCUCUCUGUAGUUAUUUGAGGGAGGCGCUAGAGCCAUAUCUCCACUUUACAAAAAAAGAAAAAAAAGGGAAGAAGUAACGGCACUGUUUUGAGAUACCAAAUCAAGCCAAAGCUGUGCAGACAGACUCUCGCGUCUCUGUCCCCGUGGCGUGUCUCUCUCCGCGGCCGAUGCGCUGCAGGCUGAAGCGUUCCGAGGCUCGUAUCCCGUUUAGACCCUGCGCUCUCCCUCUGUUCAUGUGGAGCUCAAGCGACACUUCUAUGAGAAACCCCGCUGAACGGCGAGACGAAGUUUGGUUGUUUUCCUAAACCGGGGGAGCUGCGGAGAGUCAAGGCGAGAGAGAGAUAGCGAAAGAUGGGUUUGAACAGCCUCUCGUGCGUCUUGGUUUCGCUGUGCUUGGUGUUUUUCUCGUCUUCUCCGUGCAAAGCUCGGAUUUACACCAACCACUGGGCUGUUCGGAUAGCCGGCGGACCUGAGCAAGCGGACCAUAUCGCUAGUAAAUAUGGGUAUAGAAACCUGGGCCAGAUUGGGGAUCUGAAGGACUACUACCAUUUCUUCCACAGCCGGACGAUAAAAAGGUCGGCGCUUUUCAGCAGAGGCACACACAGCUUCAUCUCCAUGGAGCCAAAGGUGGAGUGGGUGCAACAGCAGGUGGUGAAGAGGAGAAUAAAGCGAGAUUAUAAACCCUUAUACCCUGGUCCUGUACAGUACAGUAUGGCCCAGUCCAACUCCAUUUACUUCAAUGAUGCUAAAUGGAGCAGUAUGUGGUACAUACACUGUAAUGAUAACAUCCAUAACUGUCAGUCUGACAUGAAUAUCGUGGGUGCGUGGAAGAGGGGCUAUACGGGGAAGGAUGUGGUGGUUACCAUUCUGGAUGACGGUAUUGAGAGGAACCACCCAGAUCUCAUUCAGAACUAUGAUAAUGAAGCCAGUUAUGAUGUGAACGGUAAUGAUAUGGAUCCCAUGCCCCGAUAUGAUGCCAGUAAUGAGAACAAGCAUGGCACGAGGUGUGCUGGUGAAGUAGCAGCGUCUGCCAACAACUCGCACUGCACAGUGGGCAUCGCUUACAAUGCCAAGAUUGGGGGUGUCCGCAUGUUGGACGGAGAUGUGACCGACAUGGUAGAGGCCAAAUCACUGAGUCUACACCCUCAACACAUAGAUAUUUACAGUGCCAGCUGGGGUCCAGAUGAUGAUGGCAAAACCGUGGAUGGGCCUGCUUCCCUCGCCAGACAGGCCUUUGAAAACGGCAUCAGACAGGGCAGGAAAGGACGGGGCUCAAUCUUUGUUUGGGCGUCAGGAAAUGGCGGUCGGAGUCGUGAUCACUGUUCAUGUGAUGGCUACACCAACAGCAUCUACACGAUAUCCAUCAGCAGCACGGCAGAGAGCGGCCGCAAGCCCUGGUAUCUGGAAGAGUGCGCGUCCACCCUCACCACCACCUACAGCAGCGGAGAGAACUACGACCGCAAAAUCAUCACGACUGAUCUGAGGCAGCGCUGCACAGACAGUCACACUGGAACAUCAGCGUCAGCGCCGAUGGCAGCAGGGAUCAUUGCUCUUGCUCUGGAAGCUAAUCCUUUCUUGACGUGGCGAGACGUGCAACACAUAAUAGUGAAGACAUCUCGUGCUGGCCAUCUCAGCGCUCCUGACUGGAAAACCAAUGCUGCUGGUUAUAACGUCAGUCACCUGUAUGGCUUUGGGCUGAUGGACGCAGAAGCCAUGGUGAAAGAGGCAGAGCGCUGGAAACCAGUUCCCCCUCAGCACAUCUGUGUGGAGAAUGCUGACAAACAAAUCCGUACCAUCCGUCCAGAGCAUGUCGUUCGUUCGGUAUACAAGGCAACAGGCUGCACGGAUAAUGCAAACCAUCACGUUAUUUAUCUGGAGCAUGUGGUUGUGCGUAUAACAAUUACGCACCCGCGACGAGGAGAUCUGUCAAUCAACCUAACAUCACCAUCAGGGACAAAGUCACAGCUGCUCGCCAAUAGACUGUUUGAUCACUCAAUGGAGGGCUUUAAGAACUGGGAAUUCAUGACAACUCACUGCUGGGGAGAGAAAGCUGCUGGAGACUGGAUACUAGAGAUCUAUGACUCUCCGUCCCAACUCAGGAGCCAGAAAGCACCAGGUAAGCUGAAAGAGUGGUCUCUGGUACUUUAUGGCACCUCCGUGCAUCCGUACUCGUUCCGCAGUGACAAGCCCCGCUCACUGGCAGAGCCUCAGCCUGAUGACGAGUACAGUGAGGAGUAUGUGGGCUCAUGCCACCCUGAGUGUGGUGAGAACGGCUGUGAGGGUCCAGGGCCCCAGCAGUGCAUCACUUGCCUCCACUAUUUCCUCAAGUUCAAGAACAACACCAGGAUGUGUGUACCUGAGUGUCCGACUGGCUUUUUCCGUGACGAUAAGAAGCGCUGUAAGAAGUGCUCUCCGCUGUGUGAGUCUUGCAUGGGCAGCCGCAGUGAUCAGUGCUCAGCCUGCCGCCCGGGUCUAUACCUCGUGGAGGGAGGAAACAACUGCAUCAGCUCCUGUCCUGACGGCUUCUACCUGGACCUGGACUCCACCAUGUGCCGGAAAUGCAGAGAGAAUUGCAAGAAAUGCACGUCUGCAAACAUCUGCACAGAAUGCCAGACUGGUCUCAGUCUACAGGGGAAUAAGUGUCAGCUGAGCUGUGAACCUGGCACCUAUUAUAAUGGGCACCGACGAGCAUGUGAAAAGUGCCACUCAACUUGUGCCACCUGUGCAGGAACUGGCAUGGAAGCGUGUAAUGUGUGUGCUCUGGGCUAUUACUUUGAGGAAUGGCGCUGCGUCUCCAGCUGCAGUGUGGGAUAUUACUUGGCAGAACAAACGACAGACAACGGAGAUGUCCAAAAGUCCUGUAAAAAGUGUGAUCAUACCUGCUACGCCUGCGCAGGUCCGGGCGAGAGGAACUGCAGCACCUGCGUGAGCGGCUACAACCUGGAAAACGGCGUGUGUGUCAUCAGUACCAUCUGCAAAGAUGCAAAUGAAGAAUCAUGGGCGGAGGGAAGUUUCUGUGUGCUAGUGAAAAAGAACAAUCUGUGCCAGAGGAAGGUUCUGCAGCAGCUGUGCUGUAGAACAUGUUCUCAAAAGGGCUGAAGGAACUUUUCCGGCCCCACUUGCCACUCACGUUCCGCUAAUUUAUAUUCCAGUUGGGUACCUCGAAAAUGGGACUACAUCGUGAGGUUUCCCGAUGCCAGAACUACAACAAACCUACCUUUAUCUCUGUGUGUUUGUAUGUGUGUGUGAAUGCGAGUGUGUCGACAGAAGCUGUCAGGGUGGUGCGACUGGGAUCAGUAAUAAACAGCAAAUCAUACAUGUCAGUAUUUUGUGACCAAAGCAUGGAUGCCAAAUUUUUUUACCUUUUUCUUCGUUCUGGGUCCAAGAGAAGAAUUUGGAGCGACAUGCUGAGCGUUGAAGCGGCGGUUCUUUAUUUUUCCACAGUUUCACGCAUGAUGACGACAACAAUGAUCAAAGCCAGUUUGUGCAUAUUCUGAAAUAAAGCGCACUCAGAGAACCUCUGCAAGACCUCUGUGAGCAAAGGGAUGAAUAAACCAUAGCACAGGUUCAUCCACUGACCCUCAUAACUGCGGUCAAAUCAAUAGUUGACUCCGGAGUUACAAGGUACAAUAAGUACUUCCUGAAGCGAUAAGUAUUGUACUAACACUAACGACCUGCCAUUUCGCCGAGCAAAUAAGAUGAAUGCGUCACGUCAGGUGGUCUCACUGUUCAGAAAUUCUUCAUCUCAGGCUCAUAUCUCAUACCUGUUUUUGUGUGCAUGCAUGCGUGCCUGUUUUUGUGUUUCAUCAACAUUGCAUAAGUGGAAAAAUAAGUUUUCGUGAAACCUAAACAUAAAUAAGUGAUCCCUGAAGAAUCGAAUAGUUGACUGGGUUGAAGUACAGGUUUUAGUCGUGGUAGCUAAAUGAGGUUUGAAACGCGUUUAAUUCAUUUGAUCUCAUCAGGCCAUCGUUUAUUUUUAAAACAAACCCCUAAGCGUGUAUUUUUAUAUCUCGCCAUUUCAAAAAAACAACUCUACAAUAUUGAAAUUAUUCAUGUGAAAUAAGGAACUUUAUUUACAGCCCAGUGUCCAUUUCAGCCGCUUUCCUCCGGAACUAUUUAUAUUUCAUUGAUUCGUCUUGGAAAUUAAAUGUUAAACUGCUCGACUUUGAAAUGGCCAUCUAAAAUAGUUCAUUAUUCCAGGUCUUUAUGAAAGUAACAAGUCUGAUUCACAUACGUAACUGGUGCUAUUGACAUAAUGGAGUUAUUAGAGAAUGUUUUUGAAUUCACAUUUCCAACAAAUAUUUAUGAGUUCAAAUCGAGUGUCUAGAUUUUCGGUUGAUCAUAAUGGCCGUAUUUACUGUAUGUCCCUAUUGCAGUAUUUUGGGAAACUGUAAAAAUAUUUGAGGGGAGUAUAUUACAUUUUAAUAAAGGUCAGAAACGAGGUGAAAUGUUUAGUUAUACUAAUAGUACUACACAACACAAAUUAGACUUCUACAUUCAUUAAGGACAUGUUUGACCAAUCCGCUUUUGCGCAAUGUUAAGGGGAUUUCUAUGUCUUUUAUUUAUGAAUGAUGUGGUUUAUGGUGACGUAGCCUUUUAUUUAUGAAAAAGAUUUAUAAAUGGUUAUAGUUCAAGUGAAUUGUGUUUUGUGGAUGGGAUUGUCCAACCACUUCAUGCUAAUUGUGUUUAUUCAUGACACAAAAAAAAAGUUGUAGUAUGAUUGUACGUUUUCUGCGAACUCAAUUCAUGCAACGUUACAUAACUAAUGUUAUAUAGGAUUACGAGAAUCAGUCUAUGUUCAGAUGUGUUACAUUUACUCUGUUCUGGCAAUGUUUUUUCUUAAUGUAUAUAUGUAUUUUUAUCACUGUUAACCUUAAAUAUAUUUUGCACCCACGUUCAAUUGAAAUAAGGGGAAAAUGGAUGAUCGAGUUUUCUAAAAUUAUUUUAUAUUUCUGUUUUUAGCCAACUGCCAUGAACAGUUAGUCUAGAUGAAGAUGUGUUGUAGUCGGGGCCAAGAAAAAUGUUUUAUCAUGUAGAGAAGACUGGACGAAACGAAUGGUUUACUGAUCUUUUUAUUAAUGAACUUUAAAAUAAAAACAAGACUCA